AUGCUCCGUGCCCCGAGCCCCGGUCCCCACGCCGGCCGCGGCCGCGUCUCAGACUGCAGCCCCCGCCCGGAGCGCCGCUUAGGUGCCCUCAACCGUGGCCCGUGGGACCCCACGCCCCCGACGCCCACCGCGCGCCGCCGCGCUCGGGGCCGCGCCCGCGCCGGAGCCGCCCCCGCCGCCGCCCCCGCCGCACCCCGCCGCCCCGGCGUCCGCGAAGCCCCACGCCCCGCGCCGGCAGCGGCGCCCCGCCUGCGCGGCUCCGCCGCUGGCGCCCCCGGGGUGCACAAUGCGCCGCGCCGCUGGGGUCCGUCGCCCGGGGCAACCGCAGGACGCGAGACAGCGCGACGGGGGCCGGGGGCACGCAGACAGGCCCGGGUGAGCAGGGCCCAGGUGGUGGAAGGGAGCAAGGACGAGGUGCCGGAGGCCAAGGUUGAAGCAGGGAUGGAGCCAGGUGAACCGAACAGGCUGCCAUCCGAGCCCACGUCGUUGGAAGGGGAGCGAAGAGCAGAAUCUAGUCAGUAUUGUCCUGGGCCCCUCGCCCUGGGUUUCCUGAAACUGGUCUGGUCUUGCCUUUGCCUUCACGUGUGGUUUUCUUUUACAGAAUUAAAACAAGGAGUUUCCCAAGACUUGGUUUCUUCCCCCAGAUUAGACAGAUUCAAAAUAGCAAAACAACUAACAGACAAGGCAAUCAAGGAAAAGAAGAUCUUCUCCAUCUGUGGACACUACCCAGUGAUCCGGACCACCCUGCGGAGGAAGGGCUGGGUGGAAAAGAAGUUCCACUUUCUGACCAAUCUCGUGCCAAGCGUAGACAGCGACGGGGAAACGGUGCCAGAAAACAAACGUGCUGAAGGCAAAGAGAACCAAGAUGUGGCUCUGGAGAAAGCAGACGACGUCCACGAUGUGAUGUCCAGGUUGGUAAAAAACGAAACGCCCUACUUCCUCUGGACAAUCAAAAGGGACGUCAUCGACUAUCACAGCCUGAGCUGCGACCAGAUGCUAAACCACUAUGGGAAGACUGCGUCCUUCACCACCAAGAUUGGGCUGUGUGUGAGCAUGCGGAGCCUGCCGUGGUACGUCCAGGCCAACCCCGACACCUUCUUCCCGCGCUGCUACAGCCUCUGCACCGAGAGUGAGAAACAAGAGUUCCUGGACGACUUCCGGCGCACGGUGGCCUCCAGCAUCCUGAAGUGGGUGGUCAGCCAGCAGAGCAGCAGGAGCAAGCCAAGGAGCAGGCGGGAGGAGGCCCGCCACUGCGGGGCGAGCGGGAAAGUUCCCGAGGGUGCAGGACCGAGGCUCAUGGGCCUGUCGGGGCAGUUCGUGGAUGUCGCGUGCAAGGUGUGCAAGGCCUACCUGGGACGGCUGGAGCACGAGGACAUCGACCUCACCGAGGACAGCACCAGGGACCUCACGGAGGACGAGUGGGACGAUCUGAUCCAGCAGUACUACUCGCUCAUCCACGGCGAGGCCUUCAUCCCCAGUUCCAGGAAUCACUUUUCCCAGUGCCAGGCUCUGCUGAACAAAAUCACCUCUGUGAACCCUCAGACCGAGAUCGACGGGCUCCGGAACAUCUGGAUCAUCAAGCCUGCGGCCAAGUCCCGCGGCCGAGACAUAGUGUGCAUGAACCACGUGGAGGAGAUCCUGGAGCUGGUGGCUGCAGACCAGCCACCCGCCAAGGACAACAAGUGGGUGGUGCAGAAGUACAUCGAGACGCCGCUGCUCAUCUAUGACACCAAAUUCGACAUCCGGCAGUGGUUCCUGGUCACCGACUGGAACCCACUGACCAUCUGGUUCUACAAGGAGAGCUAUCUGCGCUUCUCAACACAGCGCUUCUCCCUGGACAAACUGGACAGCGCCAUCCACCUGUGCAACAACUCUAUCCAGAAGCACCUGAAGAACGACAAGGACCGCAGCCCCCUGCUGCCCUGCCACAACAUGUGGACCAGCACCCGAUUCCAGGAGUACCUGCAGAAGAGGGGCCGCGGGGCCGUGUGGAGCAGCGUCAUCUACCCGUCCAUGAAGAGGGCCAUCACCAACACCAUGAAGGUAGCUCAGGGCCACGUGGAGCCGCGCAAGAACAGCUUCGAGCUGUACGGCGCCGACUUCAUUCUCGGGCGGGACUUCAGGCCCUGGCUGAUCGAGAUCAACUCCAGCCCCACCAUGCACGCGUCCACGCCUGUCACAGCACAGCUGUGCGCGCAGGUGCAAGAGGACACCAUCAAGGUGGUGGUGGACCGCAAGGCCGACCGAAACUGCGACAUCGGCAACUUCGAGCUGCUAUGGAAACAGCCUGCAGUGGAGCUGCCCACGUUCCAGGGCUCCGACUUGCUCGUGGAAGGCGUGGGCAUGAGGAAAGCCAGGAAACAGAUGCCAGUGAUCCCCGGCUUUGACUUUGUGCCUCCGCUCUCGGACAUCCAUCCGCUGAAACAGAGGUGCCCCUCAGCCAUGCUGGACCUGGCCAGGGGACCCCCACCCAUGGCCCUGCACCAGGAGUUGAACCUGAAAGAUGGGAGGGCACCUCCUUGCACCUUGCCUGUGCACUUACACAGACUGGUGGAGAGGAGUGCCAAAGCCAAGAGUGGCCACAGGGCGUCCGGCGCGAAGGUUGAGCUCCCCUCCUGCCCCUUUCAGCACUCAGACAGUAAGGCCCCCCGCCCCGCUCUCGCCAAGGCCGAAUCCGACAGACGCUCGGAUCCAGACUCAUUACACGUGCACCCACUGCCAUCCGUGCUUCCGAGUGUGAAGACAGCGGAGGGUGCUCCGUUUCAGCCACCCAGACCACCAGGGUUGCCAAGGGCCCUCCCAGCGCCCUGCCUGGUGUGCCGUGGCUCGCUGCCGCCCGCCGGUCCCUGCAAGCGCUGCCGCUCCUUCUGCGCCGCCAUCCUGCAGGGCGCCUCCUUCGUACCCCUCGGCGACGAGCCGGGCAGUGGCCUGUGGACCCCGUGACACCGAGCACCGCGGCCGGAGCGACGCGCCCGGGCACCGCGGCCUCCAGAACGUGGCUCGUUCCCUUGAAAACCUCCACGUAGAUGCGGGACCUUGUAUACAGAGCUAUUUUAGCGAACCUGUGCACCCUCACCUUGGUAUUUCUUAUGGAGCCUGGGCCCCCGGCCGGCUGCCCGCGCCCCAAGCCCAUCUGCACCCCGGGCCCCUCGCCCUGCACCCCACCCUAUGUCACGUCCCCACGCCUCCCUCCCAGUCCGCACCCCUGCCCUGGAGGAGGCGGACUCUGCCCUGGGUGCCCCUGCCCAGGCACCCUCCUCACUGGAGGGCACCCUAUCCCCAGAGGCCCCUUGUUCACUCAUUGAUUCAACAAAAGUCUGGCUGUGCUGCUCCAGGUUCUUUGCACCCGAGCGUCUCCUUCCAACCCAGUGCUAAGCGAGGGGGUGAAGGGGCGCCCGCACUAGGUCACACCCCUAAGUCCACCGCAGGUAGCCUUUCGGGGCCCCCGGGCCAUCCGUGGGCCGUGCAGGCUGCAGAGACUGGAGGCGGGUGAGCCUCCGAAGCAUCUCGGCUCUGGCUGGGGCGUCCCAGCCACCCGCGCCUGCAGGGGCUGGGGAGCCCCAGAGGACAAGGCCCCAUCCCCACCACACUGCUCCCCAUGAAGCCACAUGGUGGCUGCGUUUCUGACCCCCUGCAGUCCCUCGGUACUGGCACGGCGUGCUCCGGACCCCGGGGGUGUUGGCCGGCGGGGGGCCAGGACCGGGGCCACGUGGGGCCUCCUCGCUCCAGGAAGGGCCGGUGCCCAUGGAGUCCCUGGGCGCACAGUCCCCACCUUUCCCCAGGUGAGAAAGCAGGUGGCAGCCUCGGGCAUUCACCGGCCUCAGGCUGGUCCUGCCCGCUCGGCCUGGUGGACAGUGGGCACACAACCCGUGGCCCUCCUGGCCGGAGCCAUCCGGCUGACCCAGGGAGCUCUGGCAGCCUGACUCAGAGGGGACCAGGCCAGGGACAGCGGGGGAACUAGCGCCUGGACUUCCCGGCCACCCCAGACGCCCCGGCCAACAGCUGACCGCACCCCACAGGAGACCACAGGGCUUCGCCUGCAAGAGCCGCGUGAACCGUGAGUACAUCUCAGGAGGAGGACGCGCGGCCCUUCCGGUCCCCGCUGACACCCCCUCCCGCCUCACCGGGCAGAGUGCCCUCCCAUCCCUGCCGCCGCCUGGGGCAGGAGGGCACAGCCCCCCUCCACGCCCAACUGCAGGCUUGUUGGACGUGGGAGUCGCGGUUUCCCAUGCUAUUGGAAUUUGCUGCUUUGCGAAGUGGCCCCGCCAGUCUCCACCUCACCAGCAAUACAUGGAAACCUCCACUUUCUCAUCACAUGCUCUGUUUUUGCCUACCGUAAUACAAUAUUCUGUUUUAAAAAUAGCUUCAUUGUUUUUGCAGACACUUUAUGUUUUAUUUUAAAAGAGGCUUAAGGGGCGCAGUGAGGAGGCGUGGCACCCACUCCCGUAUUCUUGCCCGGCAAAUCCCAUGGACAGAGGAGCCUGGCAGGCUGCAGUCAAUAGGGUCGCAAAGAGUUCGAUGUGACUGAAGCGACUUUAGCACGCAUGC